AGGAGGCGGAGGUUGUGGUGAGCUGAGAUCACACCACUGCACUCCAGCCUGGGUGACAGAGUGAGACUCCGUCUCAAAAAUAUAGAAAUAAAAAAUAAAUAUAAAUGCAGCAUAAUAAUACUUAAGUGCCCCCUUCUGGAAAACUUGUCUGCUUGGGAUACACAGCUCAAGGUGGUCAUGAUGUGUUAUUUUCUUUGCAAUCUGUGGGUAAAGUUUAUCAACUCCAGAAAAGUAUUGGAACUUAGGUCCUGACAUCUGUCUCCAUAGCAUUUUGUUCUGAUUCGGUGUUUGCUACAGUGGCCACUGGACCUGGUCAUUAAUUGGUACUGCAGGAUGCAGGGUGCACUUUGUGAGAGUGAAGGUAAGUUACAGCCAGUCAGCAUCAGAACCGGGGUGUCCAGAGCCUAGGUUUUUUCCUACAUCUGUAGCAUUAACAAACACCACCACAAAAACUUAAAAAAAAAAAAAAAAAAAUCCCUCAUUGAGGUUGCCAAAUCUGUUAACUUUGAAACUGAAUAUAUUAUUUUAAGAGAUGGGGUCUAGCUCUGUUACUCAGGCUGGAGUAUGGUGGCUAUUCACAGGGGCAGUCAUAGCACACUAUAUCCUAGAACUCUUGGGCUCAAAAGAUCCUCCUGACUCGGCCUCCCAAGUAACUGGGACUAUAGGCUUGCCACUAUGCCUGGCCCGCACGUCGUUUUAGAUAGUUUUCUUGAGCAGCUACUUGAUACUAGUUAGCCAUUCUUAAACCUGUAGGUCUUGACUAAUGUGAGGGCAUAUUUGAAACAACCCAAACUCACAUCUUAAGUUACUAAUAUAUCAGCUAACAACUGGGAAUCUACUUCUUCGGGAAUAUGAGAAACAAGAGUUUUAAAGACCCAAGCAAGAAUACAUCUCAAGUGUUUUCACCGUGAGGGGUAUGAGUUAGUUUGCUGAGCAGCCAUUUGGCACAGCUUCCGCGAAUUAGGCUGUGAGCAGCCUCCGGCUCAGCAGUCGGUAUGGAGCAGAAGCCGCACGAGGUGAGCCGCUGGCCUGCUACCACCAGGGCAGACACUGAGACACUGAGCGCUUUCCAAGUUGUGCAGAAUUUUGGCGGGUGAGGCGGAUGGUUGUGACAUAUGGGUUUAAUUUUCUUGAAGUUAUUGUUUCUUUGUAGUCUAACUGGUUAAAAGAUAAGCAGGUGAGGUUAUCAAAAGGCAGCAGAUCCCGACGGCUUUUGAAAAUGGGAAGAGUGAAAUCCCUGUGCUGUCUUCAUAGAGCAGUGUGUGGAGUAGGAAGUACCUGGUUACUGUGCUCACCUAGGGCAAAGGUCGGACUAAACAGCUUUCUCAUCUGCCAUGCAGCGGGGAGGACCAGUUGGAGAAGUUGCUUUUAGCUCUCACACCUUAGUGUAAAAAUCACUUUGUGAAAAAUGAAGCUGUCACCUCCUUCCUCUAAGAUUCUGAUUCUGUCUCAGUUAGGAUCCAGGAAUCUGCAUUUUAACAUCCACACCAGGAAUUCUGAUGUCCAAGGUUGAGCAAAACUGACUUAGGGCAUAUGGACAGAGGGAUGCCUUAGUCGGGUCUUAGUUGGGUCUGAUUGCUUGGGGCAGUUCCCGGAGGAAUAGGCUAAAGGGGACUUGAACUGAAUUCCCCAACUUCUAUUUUUUUUUAGGAGAAGUGAGGUUAGAACAUUCAGGUGAUGGGGGCUAGUAAUGGGGAGAUCUCUUAAGGACAGGGAAACACAACCCUUUUGGCUAGGAGAUGAUGGGUAAGAGUCCAUGCUUUGCGGUCAUUCCUCCUCAACUGAAGGGUGGUGCAUCUUGCUAUACUGCUAGUAUUUCGGUUUAUUCAUUACUGUCUCCCCUCUAAGCUGUUGAGCUAUCAGGUAAAAACAGAUGCAUAAGUGGAUGGGGACUUUAUUGUAGAAGAUGCCACACUUUUUGCACUGUGCGGUGUAGAAGCCACUGGCCAAUUAAUUUAAAUUGAAAAUAAAUUGAGUUCCUCAGUUGCACUAGCUACAUUUAAAUGCUCAGUAGACACAUGUGGCCAGUGGCUACCUUAUGAGACAGUGCAAAUAUGGAACAAUUCCACCAUCACAGACAGUUCCAUGACAUAGCACUGCUCUAGAGAGUAGAUAGGAAUUCAGUGGAAGGCUGGCUGUCCAGGGAGUAGGGAGUCCAGUUGAGAUGGGAGAGCAGAGAGCUCCCUUAUAGAGUUGGAAAUGUGGAUGUGUCAUGCAGGAGAUCCAAGGUCCAAGUCUUUGCCCUUACCCUUCCCUUCCUCCACCCAAACUUCUACCUCUUCCAGGCCUACACCACUGCUAAUCCAGCAUUAACCACACACUGUAUUUCAGUUCUCUUGUAGGACUCAAUUCUUUGUUUCAGAAAAUAUGUGCAAAAACAUUUUCUGCAUAACAAAGCAACUUAAUAUUUCAACUCCAUAAUCACAGAACUAUGUUACUCUAGGCAUAUUUUGCAGUGAAUGCAUUUGUGUAAUAUUUUCUCCAUUUCUGUUUAUAAGAUUGUUAUUUUACAGGUCGAGUUGGGGGUGAGAAAGCAUAGAGCUGUUAAUAUACAGUUUAUUAGUGGGGAAGAAAACAUGACAGAAACAGAUGCCUUCUAUAAAAGAGAAAUGUUUGAUCCGGCAGAAAAGUACAAAAUGGACCACAGGAGGAGAGGAAUUGCUUUGAUCUUCAAUCAUGAGAGGUUCUUUUGGCACUUAACACUGCCAGAAAGGCGGGGCACCUGCACAGACAGAGACAAUCUUACCCGCAGGUUUUCAGAUCUAGGAUUUGAAGUGAAAUGCUUUAAUGAUCUUAAAGCAGAAGAACUACUGCUCAAAAUUCAUGAGGUGUCAACCUCUAGCCACGCAGAUGCCGAUUGUUUUGUGUGUGUCUUCCUGAGCCAUGGCGAAGGCAAUCACAUUUAUGCAUAUGAUGCUAAAAUCGAAAUUCAGACAUUAACUGGCUUGUUCAAAGGAGACAAGUGUCAGAGCCUGGUUGGAAAACCCAAGAUAUUUAUCAUUCAGGCAUGUCGGGGAGACCAGCACGAUGUGCCAGUCGUUCCUUUGGAUGCAGUAGAUAAUCAGACAGACAAGCUGGACACCAACAUAACUGAGGUAGAUGCAGCCUCCGUUUACACGCUGCCUGCUGGAGCUGACUUCCUUAUGUGUUACUCCGUUGCAGAAGGAUAUUAUUCUCACCGGGAAACUGUGAACGGCUCAUGGUACAUUCAGGAUUUGUGUGAGAUGUUGGGAAAAUAUGGCUCCUCCUUAGAGUUCACAGAACUCCUCACACUGGUGAACAGGAAAGUUUCUCAGCGCCGAGUGGACUUUUGCAAAGAUCCAAGUGCGAUUGGAAAGAAGCAGGUUCCCUGCUUUGCCUCAAUGCUAACUAAAAAGCUGCAUUUCUUUCCAAAAUCUAAUUAAUAGGGGCUAUCUUAUUUUACAAUUUAAUCUAUUGAAAAUGUCUUUCUUGGCCAGGCGUGGUAGCUCACACCUGUAAUCCCACCACUUUGGGAGUCUGAGGCGGGCAGAUCACCUGAGGUCGGGAGUUCGAGACCAGCCUGACCAACAUGGAGAAACCCCGUCUCUACUAAAAAUACAAAAAAAAAUUUACCUAGGCAUGGUGGCGCAUGCCUGUAAUCCCAGCUACUUGGGAGGCUGAGGCAGGAGAAUCACUUGAACCCAGGAGGGGGAGGUUGCAGUGAGUCGAGAUUGCGCCAUUGCACUCCAGCCUGGGCAAUAAGAGUGAAACUCCAUCUCAAAAAAAAGAAAAUGUCUUUCUCUUCUUUUUAUAUAAAUAUCGUUAGGCUGAAGCAUUAUGGUCCAGUGAUUCAAAUGUUUUAAAGUUUAA